UCUGGUGCGGGAGUUGUUGCUAUGGCGUCCUGCAGGAGGUAGGGUCCGACCCACCUCCCAGGGCCUCGGAGGGGGUGGGCACCCUCCAUGGGCCUCAGCCAAUGGGAAUCUCCACCUGGACAGCCACCGUGGAGGGGUGUGAGCUUGGCACUGGUGGGGAAGAGACGCUCGCAGAUUGUGAGAGGAUUCUCCUCUUCAUUGUCUCUACGAUGCCCCAGGCCUCUGAACACCGGGUCAGCCGGGCUAGAGAGCAGGUCAUCACAUCGCAGCCCAAGGCCACCACCAAGCUCCUGAACGGACACCGGGCCGUGAGCCAGGAACGCCACACCUCAGUCUCCCCUGCACUGGCCAAUGGGCUCUCCAUGGCUCCCAAGCUUCACCCGCUGCCUCCCCGGCCCAGCCCGCUGGACGAUCGGGGGAAGAAGCAGGAGCUUGAAAGGGGCCGUGCUUCGAAGCGCAACGACCAGCUGCGGGGCUCGGUGCCCAGGCGAGGGCCGGUGAAGGCUGACCAUGCGGUCAAGGUGCCCAACUCCCCACAGCCUGGCACCAUGUCAGGCAGCGCCUCCUUCUCCCUGCCAUCAGGAGUGUUGCUGGUGGAACGAGACUCUGAGCGUAGGAGAAACAACCUCGCCCGCUCCAAGUCUAUCAGCAUUGGGGACCUGAGCCAAGCGGGGGGGCGAGGGGAGGAGCUGAGCAUGGUGCUCAGCCGCCUGGUGCUCCGGGACCGCAGCCCGUCCUGCAGCCAGAAGCUGGGCCUGGGGCCCUUGGCUCUCCAGCGGAGUUCCUCGCUCAGGAGGGUCAAUGUGUCUCCUGGGCUGGAUGGGAAGCCCGCAGGCACAAUGCUCUCUGUCCGCACUGAGGGCUGCACCAGGACGCACACCCCCGAUCCUCAGGUCUCCGAGUACGUGCACCCCCAGGAUGUCCCAGUGGCUGGGAGCCCACCCCAGGGCAAGACACACCACACCCUCCUCCUGGGCUCUGGGCACAUUGGACUCCGCAAUCUUGGCAACACGUGCUUCAUGAACGCUGUGCUCCAGUGCCUGAGCAGCACCAAGCCUCUGCGUGACUACUGCCUGCGCAAGGAGUUCCUCCAGGAGCAGCCCGGCGCCUCGCGGGCCCAGCAGGAGCUCACGGAAGCAUUUGCAGAUGUCAUCAAUUCCCUGUGGCACCCAGACUCCACCGAAGCUGUGAACCCCGGGCGCUUCAAAGCCGUCUUUCAGAAAUACGUCCCGUCCUUCACAGGCUACAGCCAGCAGGAUGCCCAGGAGUUCCUGAAGUUUUUCAUGGACCGGCUGCACGUGGAGAUCAACAGGAAGGGGCGCAAAACUCCCAGCAUCCUCUCUGAUACCAAACGGCCCUCGGUGCUAGAGGACUCGGACCCCUUGAGUGAUGACGAACGAGCCAACCAGAUGUGGAAGCGCUACCUGGAGAGAGAGGACAGCAAGAUAGUGGAUCUCUUUGUCGGUCAGUUGAAAAGCUGCCUCAAGUGUCAGGCCUGUGGCUACCGCUCCACCACCUUCGAAGUCUUCUGUGACCUCUCCCUCCCCAUCCCAAAGAAAGGCUUUGCCGGUGGGAAGGUCUCUCUCCUCGACUGCUUCAGCCUUUUCACCAAGGAGGAGGAGCUGGAUUCCGAGAACGCCCCGGUCUGUGACAAGUGCCGGCAGAGGACGAGAAGCACCAAGAAACUGACCAUCCAGCGCUUCCCCCGCAUCCUGGUGCUGCACCUGAACAGGUUCUCCACCACCCGGUACUCCAUCAAGAAAUGCUCUGUCUUCGUGGACUUCCCUCUGCAGCGACUCAACCUGAAGGAGUUUGCCAGUGAGAAGGCUGGUAGGUGUCCUGGCACCAGCCCACCUGGCAUGUCCUGCGCUCUCCCCCCGAGCCAGGUCUUGCAGGGCCCUGGCUGGGGUGAAGCGCACACGGGCUCCUGA